CCAGGAAGGAUUUUACUGCCGGAAGAGGAUGAUUGGAAGGAGUUUGAGCAAAAGGAAGAAAUUGAUUAUAGUGGUCUUAGAGUUCAGUCCAUGCAAAUAAGUGAAAAAGAAGAUGAUGAAAGUGAAAAAAGAGAAGAACCUGGUGACAACUGGGAGGAGACUGGUGGUGGUGUAGACAGAUCAUCUGGUCCUUGGAAUAAGUCAGCUCCUGCACCAGCACCUGUUGUUGAACCAAUUGUUACAGAAACCCCAGAACCAGUUCAGACUGGUGGUGUAUACAGGCCGCCUGGUGCCAGGGAGGGCGGCAGGCCACGGAGAGCACAGCAAGGACCACCAGAAAUCUAUAGUGAUACGCAGUUUCCAUCACUGCAGUCCACCGCCAAGCUUGUAGACAGUCGAAAGGAUAAAGAAAUGGAGAAGAGCUUUGAAGUAGUAAAACACAAAACUAGAGGUAGGGAUGAGGUCUCAAAAAACCAGGCACUUAAACUUCAGCUAGACAACCAGUAUGCUGUGCUUGGGGAUCAGUAGAGCUGCAUACACAUUACAAUUAAGGAAUGCUUUUUUGGUAACCCUUCUACUAAGGUAACUAAACUACAGCUAACGGCUAUGAUGAACAUGCCACCUUAUUUCUGCUGGAUCUACUGCAGCAAGUGCAGACUACUUUGACGUAAGUGAUUGGUUCUCCUGCACUAUGGAAGCAUAAUAUGUUACAACUUCUCCAUUGGAUAUGGGGCAAAUUAAUGUAAAUGAUUGAACAAGAGUCAUCAGUGUUCUUUAAUUGCUCAGAAAGAUACCUACAGCCAGUGGUCAUUUCAAAAUCUUUUUAUGUUCAGAUACUGAGCCUUCGUAAAGGUUGACUACCUCAGACUUGCUGCACUCAUUGUGGACACCAUGUGGAUCACAACUUCUGGAAGAGAAGGUUACAGCUGUUUUAGUGGCCAUCUGAAACUUGAAACCAGCUCUACUGGAUUCCUGUCAGAAAUCCUGCAGAAGUCAGCCAUUUGGUUCCAAUUUGCUAUAACAAAGAUUUAAGUGACCUUAAUGACAAACCUAUUCUGUUCCCCUUCUGAGGAAUCCUGUCAUGUGUAGCCAUAGCCUACUAGAGACUUCUGGAGCGUACCAUACCACUCAUACUAUCCAAAUAUAACAGAGCUGUAGUUUGUUUACCUUUUUAGAUAGCUGUACUGAAGUAACUGCAAAACAAAUUAAAACUCAUUCAGUAUCAGAUUUGAGGAAUGAUGGGUUUGAAUGGUCUGUUUGCAUUAGCCAUUUUCACAGUUGUCUAAGCAAUUUUUUUUCUGUUCUCCACAAAAAAAAUGCCUGCCUUGUUUCUGGUAUCAAAUUGCAGUAUAUUUAAAUAAUAAUGAGAUGUUGUAGUGAAAUAGAGUUUACUUUGGUUUUCGUCAUGAGGUUUGUCUUUCUCACCCUAAGGCACCAAGACUUAAGAGUUUUUUGGUUUGACACAGAGGUAUCCAGACUCCAACUACAGUCUUCAGAAUUUGUCUUAAAAAUGAGAUACGUGGCAGUAGCGAUACUAGCUAAAAGUUUCUCUAUUAAAAAUAAUCCUUUGUUUGUUGAAGGGUAAUGGUUACUUGAUAACCAAAAUAACUUGGUAUGCAGAGGGAUAACUAAAGCUGGUAAGCCUUAUUUGUUUGGCUACUUCUGUGAAGCAUGCAGGCUUUCUGAGGCAGAAAUCCUGUAAGUAAAACUCAUAAAUGGUGUUUAUUCAAAGUCAGGAAGUUUAGUAAUAAUGGAAGGCAGUGACCUCUUUAAGUUGUUGUCAUCUCUGACUUAAUUUAGUGGAAGUAGGCAAAAUGGCACUGAUACACUAAGAAUAUAGGACAUUGACCGUAACUCUGAUUCAAUGAACAAAACCUGUCAAGUACCAAAAGUGUCCUGCUGUAACUGUUUUUCUCUUCUCUGAAUUCUUACACGAGCAAAAUGAAGUACAAUAGUGGCGUGCUCCAGUGUUGAGGUUUCUCAGAGUAAAUGCCAAAAAAUAGACCCAACAUCUAUAAGAGUUGCCAAUGGCAAGAAAAACAAGGGAACAAAACAAAACUUGCUUACGUGUGUGGGAGUACUAUGUAUGUGCAGAUGAUGAGGGUAGUGCAGGAAUCGCCUAGUUGGGUUCCCUUUGACUAACUGCUGACUCGCUUUAAAUCUACUUCUCUGAGGCCAAUGGGAAUUUUGCUGUUGACUUCAGUGGGGCUGGGGUUUCACCUGGUUCUUUUGUGCACAGACUAAAACUGGCCUUGCCCUUGCGGAGUUAACUGUCUCUAAAACUUCUGCUAGAAGCUGCUAUUAAAGAGAGGGCUCAAGAGACUAUUCUUAAAGUUGGAGACUUCAUUUGGAAACAAAACCCCACUGAAAGACUGAUCCCAAUCCCUUGGACUCUGAGCCAUGUAUCUUCCUUGAAAAUACAUUGUUGCCAGCAAAACUGUUGAUUUGUCACUGAAGCUUUCUGUGGAAUUCAUGGUAAAUGGACAUGUCGCUUGAUGUGGUAGAAAUGUGAAAUCUUAAAGCACUUUUCCUGAUGAUCUGAAGCAGUUGAAGUCACCAGUGCACACAAAUCAAGUUUUAGUCUACGGUAUGAAGGGUAGUAGAUGAGACUGUCCGUUGUACCAUCCUUAUCUGAGUUUUUGGGCAUGAAUUCUGGCAGUUGAAUAAAACCCUGUAACAGUUGCAAAUCAAAUAAAAUGGAAAUAUACAUGGAUUCUGGAGUCUUUACCUUUAGUUCUAGCUUAUGACCAUACAACAGCUGAGGAAAUGCAGAGCAUUUGGAUCUCUUAAGGGACAGGCCAUGGAGUUGGGUAGUCAGCCUUAUGGUCAGGUGGGCUAUAUUUAAGAGCUUAUAGCAGUGCAUAUAUUAAUGACUUUUAUUUAUACAUAGAAAUUUAGUUUGCUUGUCAGAGUGUCUUCUUACUCCCACCAUAUAGGACUGGUUUGAGAUUGUGAAUUGAGUAUGAAUGAAGCUUUGAUUUGCUUUUCACUUGAAAGUAGCUCUACUAAAUUAAAGAAUGAAAAAAAAAAAAAACCCAACAAAACAAGACAAACCUCUGGAUGGUUGCUGUCACCAGAGUCCAUCAGCUACUGAUAACUAGAGGUGUUAUUUUGGGGGCUUAUCUUAAGCAUAUCAUUCCAGGUUCUUUCUGGAGGCAUAAAGGAAAAAAAAUCAGAAAUGCAGCAGAUUUCCAUAGUACAGAAUGUUAAAUUAUUUUGAAGUGUUUCUUGUGUUAAAUAUCGCUGCCAGCAACUAUCAAAAUGCCAGUUGCCAGUAUCUACCUUGUAAUGAUUAAUUGUUCUGCAUGCCUGAAAUUUUGAAAGUCGGUCCUCUGUGGAAGCUCAGUAUGCUUUUGAGACUCUGCAGUCCAACUUCAUCUGGUUUGUUGUUGCAUUCAUUCAAGGCAUGCUAAGAAUGUCCAUUUUGUUCCUUCAAAAUGCUUGUUGAAGCCUCAUUCUAUAAAUGAAGGAUUGUCAGUUGUAGAAAUGAGAUUCUUGAUACCAGUCAGUAAAAUGCAGUUGUGUGCCACUUCAGGAACUUCCUAACCUGUAACAUGCUUUUAUAGUAGGUUAGUUAUUAAUUUCCAAUUUAAAGGUUCCAUUUUACUUUCUCUGGCUUAAAAUAAAAACACAGCCAUAAGGUACCGGCUCGCUAGUAGAACAUUUAAAUAUCCAGUACUUACUGGAAAAGGAACAAUUUGGAUUUGUGGUUCUCGGUGAUAUAGUCUGUAUUUAAGGAAUGUUAAAAUGCCCAAAACUAGAUAAUUUGAAUAAAGUUGGACUUCCCAAAUACCUGCUGUAGGAAUCUGGCAUCUGUAUUUACUUGAGCUGAUGAUAAAUGUAGGAGAGGAUUAAUUUUGUCCCACCCCACCCCCCCCAUUUACCUGUGCCAUGUUUAAUCUUCUCAAAUGAAGAGAAAUUGACAACUAAAAGUGAGUCUCUCCUGCUACUUCAGUUUUGUCUUUUGUAGCUAACUUUACCAGUCAUGUCCAAAGUAACUUGCUUAUGAACAGUUGAAUUUUUAAUGGUACAAAUUGUGUUAGAGACCUGACACCAUAGGGAAUAGGGUUUUUGGUAUUUGACUCCAUCUGUUGGCUCCUGGAAACUUUCACCACAACAUGGCUGAGAUAUCUGUGCUGGUCAAGGAAACAACACAAAUUUGAUGGGGCUGUAUGUCUUGGAGUUUGCUUAUCUGAGCUUUUGCAAUAGUUAUAUCUUCUUUUUCUUCUAACUUCAGCCUGGUUGAGCAGUUCUAAACUUGCUUGUGGUUUUCUGUCAAAUACCGUAACUAAAAUGGAGGAGCUGAUUCUUUUUUAAGCACAUGAAACCCUAUUAGUCUAAAAGGUGCUUAUUUACAAGGUAGUAAUAUUAUUCUUUCCAAUAUUGACAUGGUCAGAGAAAUGAAUACCUCAUAUUUUACAUGACCAGUUUGUAUCGGAGGCCCAAUAAACUAAAUUUUACCAAAAACACCUUGAAUACUUAAAAAUCUUGAUGAAUAGCCACAAUUCAGGUUUCAUCGCCUGACUGUAAUUUAGUUCCCAAAUUUUGUCCCUCUCUGUUUUCAGCUUUUAAUUUCACAAAGUGGUUUUAAUGGUAAAUAGGGCCUUUAUUUGGGAAUAUAAGAAAAAAAUAACAUGCAUAUUUACAUUUCAGAUGUAUAAAUUAAUUAUGUACUAAGGGGGAGGAAAUUGACAUAUUUGCCAAUAAAUUCUUCAGAGAAAGUUAAGAAGUCAGCUUGUCUGUAUCGAGGUUAAUAUGAGAACCUGCAAGCUCUAGCAGAUGGAAGAAGAAAUGACAGCAGAAAACAGAACUGAGGAGUCUAAUACUGAUUUGGAUAAGUCAUAACUAUCAUGUAUCGAGAGUUUGGUUUCUGAAGCACCAGCUGUAGUUCCACCAUGUUCUGUUUAAAGUGAAAUAGAACAGGAAGGAAGAUUUUUUUUUUUAAUUAGGACAAGUGGAAAUUACGCAAAUAAAACACAGGAGGAAUAAGAAGAGAGGGAUUAGGAAGGCCAUUUUCUAAAUGAUAGCAUUAAAUGCAUAGCCUGAGGUAGGGAGGGGAGUGUAAGUGGUUGGAUAGGAGAAGUGCAGGGUAAGCACUGCUUUCACAUGUGACAGAUCCAUCUGACUUUAAAUCAGCAAAAGUGUUUGAAGUUCAGUACUUGGCGAAGGCAUCCCAUUUUUUUUUUCCCCUUUAAAGAAAAGAAUCAGGAAAACCUGUCCAGAGAGAAGGUAGAAUUCUGCAUUGGUACAAGGCUGUCUAACCAGUUGCUUAAAGAGCGAACUGAGAAAGGACAAAUUCCAAGAUAGUUCAGCAAUCUUAUUAGGAUAUAGCUUGUUUCAUACUUGAGAAAACUCUUUCUCACUUCUGCAUGAUAAAAAGCUGAGACACCGAUUCAAAUUGCUAUGAAGACGUUUCCUUUUUUUGUGAAGCAUCUUCAAUGGUACGUGUAUCACGGUUUUAUGUUCAGUUGCUUAGAAUAUAUGUUGAUUUAGCAAGGUUAAUGAAGUUCAAUGGGCUACUUAGCCAGAAUACAAAUAUUAAAAAUGUAUCACAGUAUUAAUGAAUCAUCAGCAAAAGCAGUGCAUCUGGAAUGCUGGAAUGGAAAGUAUAAUCUAAAACAACUGCGUGCACUGAAAAGAAGCAAGCCCAUUUUGUAGCAAGAGCAUAGGACCAAGAGAGUAGGAUUUGGCCUUGGUUUUCCACUGAGCUGCUGUGUCAACUUCAAGUAAUUUAGUUUCACUUUGCCUCUGUUUCCCCAGCUGUACCAAAAAACCCCAACAACCUACCUCACAGGGGUGUUGUGAGGCCAAAGCUGUUCUUUGUUCAGGGCUGGGGCUGAUGGAAGGUGCUGCAGAGGACUAAAAAAAUCUUUAUUAAAAGAUCUUUAUAUUAGCUUUCAUUACAGUAUUUUAAUACUACUUUGGGAAAGGCUUAUUUCUACAGAAUGUAAUACACAUUCUAUUUAAGUAUUAUGUAAUUAGUCUUAUUUUAGUGUGUAUGGGUAAGGAAAAAGUUCAGGCUGAGCACUCUGUUAUUUCCUCUCUUUAAUUAUCUGUGCAACCAAAUUAAUACGAGGCUUUUUGUUUUUAUGUGGAAUACAUUACAAUCAAUAUUGCUACAUUUUGUAAACCCCAUGACUGAAAUAAAAUCCUGCUCACAGUUGAUAGCCAUCUCUUCUAAUGUGGCUGUUUUAAAGUUUGUUCAAAUAUGUGAACUAGAAAUGUUCACUCCUGAAAGUAUAUAUUUGUGUCAGGAUACCAAGUGGUAUUUUGUAGUAGGAAUGUAGUUUUCUUCCCCUCUCCACAUGUAAACAUACAUUUGUCCUAUUCUUUAUCCUUUCCCAUAUUUAAGUUGAAGUAGCAUGCAGGUACAAUGGAAAUAUGGGAGAGAGAGUAAUCUUACCAGAUUCUAAAAGUUCUGAGGUUAUUAAGGCAGUGGAGG